UGCUUCCGGUAUAUUGAACCAACCGGGCUAACACAGUGGUUCAGAAACAGUAGGGCUGUAAAAUAAUUUUGAUUUUAGUAUAUUAUCACAUAAAGACAGAAUUACUUUAGAGUGUAAAUAUGGAUUCCAUAUCGUCUUUAUCACCUGGCUCAUUAACAAGUUCCCAACGAGAUGAGCUUAUGGAUCAAAUUAAACAACAAAUCGCUGUUGCAAACGCACAGGAGUUACUUACGAAAAUGACAGAGAAAUGCUUCAAAAAGUGUAUAAACAAGCCAGGUACAUCGCUGGAUAGCUCUGAACAGAAAUGUGUAGCAAUGUGUAUGGACCGAUAUAUGGAUGCAUUUAAUCUUGUAUCAAAAGCAUAUAGUGAACGACUACAAAGAGAGCGUAAUAGAAUGUAAAAGUAAAAUUUUUUGAAUAAAUUGUUUUCUUAUUGUA